AGAAUAUGGAAAAUACGUGUUUAGGGUGCUUUUCAAGACCCCGUGGUCGCGCAUGGUAUCCACUCGUCAAUGGAAGUGGCCCCCCCGGGGAUGACGGGCACAACUUUCGUUCAUCCCCGCCUCGAUCUGUUUACUUCCUUUGUUUUUCUCAAAGUUUAGCCAGGGGGGGGGGGGGUAGUGGUGUAACUAGUAAUUUAGGGACUAGUGGUAUACCGGUAGACGGUGUGGUUUCAGCGAAAUGGAUGAAGUAAAGAACAACUUGGCCAGUGUAAAGCACACUAUUCUCGUUUUGUCAGGAAAGGGUGGCGUCGGAAAAAGCACGGUUGCAACGCAGUUGGCCCUUGGUCUUAAAUUUGCAAAGAAAAAGGUAGGGAUCCUAGACAUUGAUCUUUGUGGACCUAGCAUUCCACGGAUGGUUGGAGUAGAAGGGUAUGACGUACACCAAUGUCCACAAGGAUGGGUACCUGUUUACCCUGAUCCAUCUUUAGCAAUCAUGUCAAUCAGCUUCCUUCUCGGUAAUCAAGAUGAUGCGGUGGUGUGGAGGGGACCAAAGAAAAAUGCAAUGAUAAAGCAGUUUCUGACUGAUGUUGUAUGGGGUGAAUUAGACUACCUUAUUAUAGAUACACCACCAGGUACAUCAGAUGAACACAUCACAGUGGUAGAGAAUCUCCAGUCUCAUAACCCGGAUGGUGCUGUCCUUGUUACAACUCCUCAGGCAGUAGCUGUAGGUGAUGUUCGAAGAGAGCUAACAUUCUGCAGGAAGACGAAGCUAAGAGUGUUGGGACUGGUAGAAAACAUGAGCGGGUUUGUCUGCCCUCACUGUUCAGAGUGUUCCAAUGUGUUCUCUCAAGGAGGUGGUGAAUCACUGGCAAAGGAAUGUCAAGUUCCCUUUCUAGGUAACAUUCCACUGGAUCCUCAACUUGCGAGCUGCUCUGAGGGUGGUCAGGGCUUCAUAGAGGCCUUCCCAUCAUCCCUGUCAACACAAGCCAUCCAAAGCAUAGUUGAAGCAGUCAUAGCAAGCACCGAUACAAGUACGACGUGACACAUGCUGCCUGGCUACGGGAAUACAAGUACUAGGAACCGUUUAUAUAGUUUUAAUAGUUAGGAAUAAUCCAUUGCCAGCAGUGCAUGGCACAGAACCUUGUCAGUGCUCAACAGGCUCUCAAAGUCUGAGUGACAGAGGCUUCGCAGACCAUAUGAUGGAGAAUGAAAUACCAUUGGUGAGAAAAAGUGAACAGGAUCAAAGAUGAAGUAUAAUGAAGAUACAGCCAUAUUCAGCUCAUUAUUCACCUUGUUAAUCAUCUUUAAUACAUCAAAGGAAUUUAUGAUUAGUCAGACUGUAUCUUGAAGGUAGUGGCUGAAUUGCUCACAAUUUGCAUUCUACAAACUUAUAUCAUUUUAACUCAGUUAAACAAAUGCAUGAGAAAUUUCUGAUAAACCUGAUUUCUUCUCAUUAUGGCACAAAUGGAACAAACAUGGAUAAAUCCUUACCAGAUUUUAUGAUGAUAAUGGCAUUCUUGGUUUAUAAAGCAGUGUCAUUGAAACCUCCAGAAUUGAUUAGUCCUUCAAUGGUUUGAAUAUUUGAGCUAUUUAGUAGAGUGCUUCUGUUAUCACUCUAUUCAAAUGUUUGAUCAUGAUUAUUCUGCAACUCAGAAUUUAACCAUGUAGCCAUGAUUCAAGUAUGUUUUACCCCCAUUUUGCACACAACAGAUACAAUUUUUUUCUUUUAGAAAGUCCCCUCGUUUUUUCUUUCUUUUAUUUUUUGCAGACAGGGGUUGCAUUCCAGGUACAUUUUGGCUAAACCAUCUCCCUUUAAAUGCAGAAUAUUACAAAAUAGAACCAGAAAAAUAAUUGAUUACGAACUCAUUAAAACAACUUUUUUUCCUCAAAAUUUGAUGCAUUCGUUGUAAAUAAACAUGCCCAAAAGACCCCUCUUUACACUGUAGACAGUGGAAGAUUUUGUAAUCCUCUUGGUCGAAUGAGCAUUUGGUCAAACAAUCACGUUGUCUAAUACUUAUGUUGUUACCAAUAACACUGAACAUGAAGAGUUUUAAGUUUGGACAUAUCUUUAACCAAGUUGAAAUGAAUUAUUUCAAAUUCAGAGUUGAAGUCUUUAAUUACUAGAGUGAUGAUGAAAAUAUGUUUAGCUGAUUCAAGCAACUCCGCUUCCUCUGUCAUGUUAUCCAUUUCAAUGUUAACAUUAUUUU